AUGGAGGACAACGCCGGCGAAGCCGGCGGACAAAGCCAGGUGCACGGGUGGAAGCCGCCGGACAUCAAGAACUGGUUCUCGAGCUACGAGUAUGAGUCACCGGAGGUUCCGGAGCUGGGUGCUGAUCCUCCCAUCGACAACGGCAGCGAGACCCAAGACCCAUUAGAGCACCCGCUAUUCAAACAUUCUUUCCGGGAUGAUGGUGUUGCUUUGAGAGAAAAUUGUUUGGGAGACCAAUCUGAGCCUGAGGUUUUUGCUGGAAAAUAUUUGGUUCCGGUUAAUAAGAGUGAAACGAAGCCUGCCCCAAAAAGGAAGCAAAGUCUGCGGGCACUGUUUGGAGCGGGUUUUCUUGAUAAGGAUGAGGAGGCUACUGAAAUUGAAAGGCAGAAUUUGUUGCCUCUGCAGAGAAAUGCACUGGAGCCUUUGUCAGAUUGCAUAAGAAACUUACCUGAUACUAAACAAAGCCAGGAAGUGUCAGCUGAGCACAGCAAUUUGCUGGUGGAUUGUGAUGGUAUUAGUUCAGUUGACACUCAAGAAAGCAACCCUGCAGAUCAGGAGGUUGAGUGCAGUGAACAGUCUGGUGAUUGUGAUGAUGCACGUUUGACUAAUAUUGAUAUUGGAGAAGGCUGCGAAGAUAUCAUCCACCAAGUUGAACUGCCACUCAAUUUCAACGGUGCCAAUCUAGCUGGCACUGAGAAAAACACCCAAGAUGGUGUGGAGCACAGCAUACGUCCUGUUAGUCGCAACAAUUUCAGUUUAGCUGACACUAAAGAGAAUUCUCGGCUAGAGGAAACUCGGCGCUGCAAGCUUGUAUUGGACAGUAGGCCACAAGAAAUAGUGGCAUCAGAUGGUUUUAUAGCUGUCAAGAGAAAGGAGCACCGGCCCGAUGAACGCAAAAUGAACAAAAUUCCUAGGCACCCAAUGGGGAGAGAGAAGGAAAAAGGAGAAUUACAAGAGAACAACAGCACUUUGGAGCAGAAGGCUUUGGUCCAAGAGCAAACUAGACGUCCCUUGGCUGACAGAACUAAUUUUCUAGAAGUAGUUGCAGCAGCUCCGGCACAAGAGGUCAGCAAGAAAUGGAAGUGCCCUCGCAAAGGCAAGCCCUUUGUUGGUCGUCCACUGAAGCAGCUCCACUUGGAACAGUGGGUACGCCGAAUGAAUUGACACUUCAACAUUGCCAACUUGGUCAGGAGAGUAUCCGUGAUCAGGUUGAAACCGGAUUUUUUGGUUUGGCAAUUUGGACUUUGUUUGAGCACCUUUUCAGCUCUACCAGCCUGUAGAUGCGCAUGUCAUACAGUAGAUCAUUUAUACCUCUGUUGCAAUGUUUGUGCUACUCCAUUUCGCAUGUUUCAUAGCAACAUGUGUAUCUGCAGGCUACUGAAUUGAGACGACCCACUGAAGCAGCUCCGCUUGGAACAUGUGUAUCUGGGAAUAAUUUUUUAGAUGAAAAU